GAGCCUACACCUUCAGUUUAUCCUGAUAGUAUUUGCGAGUUUUUACCUUUUAAAAUUAGAUAGCUAGGCUACUGUCUUAUUGUGAUCUGCGGCAACGUGCCUACUCAACUUGCAAGUGACGAGCAUUUUCAAAGCCAUCUUUUUGUUUUAAGGACAAAGUCAUUGGAUGACUUUUGGAGCCUCCCAAGGGAUUGUUAGUAGAACAGGAAAUAUGUUGAAUGUAUUGGAGGAUGAGGUAUUGUUUCAGUCAACCAUCCCAGAGGCUGCAGAUAUCAGCAUGGCCAUUGUCUAUGCUAUAUUUGGUAUGUGCUCGGUGCUUGGGAACAGCAUGCUGCUCUAUGUCUCCUAUAAGAAGAAGCAUCUACUUAAGCCAGCAGAGUUCUUCAUCAUCAACUUGGCUAUCAGUGAUCUGGGUCUGACUAUCUCCUUGUACCCAAUGGCUAUCCUCUCAAGUGCCUUUCACAGGUGGUUGUUUGGGAGGACGGCAUGCUUGAUCUACGCGUUUUGUGGCCUUCUGUUUGGAAUAUGCAGUCUGACCACGUUAACCUUGCUAAGUUUGGUGUGCUUUAUGAAAGUAUGUUAUCCUCUUUAUGGUAACAGGUUUCAGCCGUCCCACGGACGUCUGCUGGUGGCGUGUGCCUGGCUCUACUCCCUGGGCUUUGCGGGCUGCCCGCUGGUCCACUGGGGUGAGUACGGCCCGGAGCCAUACGGCACGGCCUGCUGCAUCGACCUGCGCCUGUCCAACCUCCAACCGGGUGCCCGCUCCUACAUGCUGGUGCUCUUCGUCGGCUGCUACCUCCUUCCCUGCGCAGUCAUGGUGGUGUCGUACACCAGCAUCCUGGUGACUGUGCGCACCACCAAGAAAGCCAUGGAGCGUCACGUGCCCAAGAAGACUCGCAUGGGCAACAUCCAGGCCAUUAUUGUAAAGCUCAGCGUUGCCGUGUGCAUCGGCUUCCUCUCUGCGUGGAGCCCCUACGCCGUGGUGUCCAUGUGGGCGGCGUUCGGCCACCUAGAGAGCAUCCCUCAACUGGCCUUCGCUGUGCCCGCCAUGUUCGCCAAGUCCUCCACCAUCUACAACCCUCUCGUCUACAUGCUGCUCCGCCCCAGCUUCCGCAGGGUCGUGUGCCGGGACCUGGGCGUGCUGCGCCGCGUCUGUCUGCUGGGCUGUACCAGCUCGUCACAGCCCCGCGGCCCCCCGAGGCCUUCCAAGUCGCCCCGCAGCGCCAUGGGCAUCAUGCCACUGAGGAUAAAGCGCAGCGUGUCGCCGCGCUCUUUGGAGCCCAGGGGGAGAGUGUGCAGAUGCAGUGACGCGUACGAGUGCUUCCGGAACUACCCUAAGGCCUGUUGCGUGCACCUCAACCCCAAGGCAGCACUUGUGCAGUGCCCCUCUCAGGAGAAGGUCACACCGGUGACCUCCGACCUGGAAAUUCAAACCAAAAGGCUACCCGCCAGCAGGGUGGUUACUAGGCAAAGGACAGAAGACAUUGAUUAUUUGCAGUUCAACUUGGAGACUGUGCCAGGACAUGUUAAAGUGGCCUGGCCAUAAAGCAUACCAAUGUCUGACACUGUUAAAUUCAGCUUUUCUGAUACACAGCAAACUUUGCAUUAAAUGGUUAACAUAGAGUAUGGACACAUACAUUUAUUUUCUACAGGCUUUCUACUGCAGUUAAAGGAGAAUUCUUGGCAUUUUUCACCUAGAUCUCUGUUUCUCUAGGUAACCGAAUACCGUCGGCACAAAAAACAGUGCUACACUCUGGGGGCAUGUUAACUUCAUGUGAUGCACAUGCCCCCCAAGUGUAGCACUGUAACUGCCUGGCUACUCUAGCCGUUGGCUGCAGCAACCCGAGCUAGGUAGCAGUGAUUUUUUUUUGUCCCAACAGUACUUGGUGAGCUCAAGAAACAGAGAUCUAGGCCUAUGUGAAAAAUGGUGGGAAUUCUCUUUUAAGAGUUCUCAGCACUCAAGAUCUCAAGUAAUGUACUUGGUACACAAUGCUGCAGUGAAGAACAAUAACAAAUCAACUCAUACUGUAAUUAUGACUUCAUCAGGUACCUCAGAAAGUGUGACAGUAAAUAGUAAUAGUAAAUCAUGAUAUCCAUUAUCUAUCUAAAAAAAGAUGAAUUGCCUGUCCUAUAUGGUCCAUUGUUUGAAGUGUGACGUGUUAAAUAUCAAUAGUGUAAACGACCAUGAAAUAAGACAGGUAUGAGGAAUAGUAUGAUUUGAGAUCUUUCCCUUUAAAUGGCAAUAUGCAAAUGAUCAGUGCACUGCACUCUCAUACUCCCUUGGUAGCGAUGCGGGGUAUGCAUUCCAUCUCCAAACUCAGGUUAAUUUUCCUGCAGGUUUUAUUUUCAGGGUCAACAAAAAGACACUAUAGCAUUCCGAUUAUGCAUUCUCUUCGCUGAAGCGCUGAGAUUUAAAUGGAAAGCAAAUUAUAAGCACAGACAUCAAAGGAUUUCAUUAAUGGCUAGUGGAAAGGCUUAUGAUGCUGCCUUUGCUUGGGUCAACUAAUUAAUACUGCCUGGACUAAUAUCUUGUGCAGGUUCAAAGGUAAAUGGUGGUUCAGGCUUACAGGGAGAGUAAUAUCAAAGAAAGAAAAAAACUUCUGUUACUCAUUGGGUUUGUAGGAUGAAAAUAUGCAAUAUGCAGUGAAAACAUUUCAGCAGUAUCCAACUAUAAAAUGAGAAAUCCCUGUCUGUCAAUAUGUUGUCCAUGUGUGUUUUUCCCAUCCCUAUCCAUCUUUCAUCUGAUCGACUUGGCAGGUGUAUGGGAACCCAAGUGAGUACAGUGUAGACUGUGACAUUGGAUGUGAAAUGUUAAAGAUAU